AUGUCAGCAAGCCUGCCUUUUCACGCUGAUUCGGUUUCUCUUCUUCUUCUUCUCAUCAUCCUUCUUUCUCUUACACACGUCUUGCUCAACAGCAGCAACGAUAACACUCACCAUAACGACGACGACGACGACGACGACGACACUGACGACGAGGAAUCCAGCAACAGUACAGCAGUGACUGUCAUUCUCAUCACAGCGACGAAGACGACCAACCAAGCCUCCUAUCCCGUCUCAUCCAUCCAUCCAUCCAUCCAGCCAGCCAGCCAGCAAGCUACAGUACAAGCAGCAGUCAUAUACACACACACACAGCAGAACGCUCAACGUCGUUACAACAAGCACAACAAGCACAAAGAAGAAGCAGAUCAGCCGUUACCCGUUGGUCUUGGCUGUCUGGGCAGUGGGAGCUUGUACCUUACCUGUACUCGAGCCUGA